AUAUUUUAAAUAAUAUCAACAAGAAAACUCUGUUUUUUCUUACUCUUUACAUAUAUAUAUAUAUAUAAGAGCGUCAUGAAAAGCUGAAAACUAUACAACCCACCAAACAGCUGAAGCUGAUUCACUUGGUCCAGCUACCGAUCGAGAACAUGGCAGAUAAAUAUCGAUCCUAUUUGGAUGAAGAAGAAAAUAAAAAUACCAAAUGGAGGUUCGGUGUUCGUCCUAAUUAUGAUGUUGUCAAUAAGCUCUUCGAAGAAGGCAGAACUAAGGUCUGGCCUCCAGGGUCACUUGAAGAAAUGGUACAGAACCUCGUUAAGACAUGGGAAAUGGAGCUUUUCCACAAAGCUUGCCCUGAUGACUACAAGACCCUUGAUCCAAACAAGUUCACUUACAGUCUUAAUGGUGGAAAACCAUUGAGUUUGGAAGAUGUAAGAAAGAUAGGAGGAGGCUACAACGCACAUCUCCAAACCUCAUUGCCAGAUCAAUAUCGGGUCUACAACCCAUCCGAGGAAAACUCAAACUCAUCUCAGCUGAUUUUCACAACCACUUUCCCACGAGGGUUUGCUGUGGAAAUUCUUCAGGUCUACACCGGACCACCAUUGAUUGUGUUCAAGUUCAGGCACUGGGGACACAUGGAAGGUCCUUUCAAGGGCCAUGCUCCUACUGGGGAGCUCAUUGAACUCAUUGGAAUGGCCAUUUUCGAGUUGGAUGAGAAUAAUAAAAUGGUGAAGGUGGAGUUCUUUUUUGACCGCGGAGAAUUGCUCGGAGGACUUGUGAAAGGGGCAACAACUGGACUUGAUGAGGCUGCUGCAGGUGCUGCUUCAAGCUGCCCUGUUCUCAAGAACACAGGAUAGAAAUUCCAAUGAGAAACUCAAAUCUCACUCUUGUUGUUAAAUCCUUGUAUUGCUUAUUAAACCAUAAAAUAAAAUGACGGACUUUGUUA